AUGCCCUCAUUACUGGGGCUGGCUCAGCUGAUAUCGACACAAGGCAUCAACUUGUGCUUCGCUCGUAUGCUUCUCGAAAAGGGCUGUUCAGUUCUCAUCGCCGACCUUAAACUUCAACCAGAAGCUGAGGAGCUUCUUAAGAAAUACCCCUUCCCGGCUGCUGAGGGCCAAGCCGGCGCCUUCUUUCAAAAGACCAACGUUGCAUCUUGGCCAGACCUAAGCUCGGUGUGGAAGACGGCCGUGGAUAAGUUCUCAUCUGUCGACAUUGUCGUCGCAGGCGCUGGCCUCUUUGAGCCCAAGUGGGCGUCCUUUUGGGAGGCUCCCAAGACGGAGAGUAACCCAGACACAGUCUCUGCCGACCCUGCAGAUGCGGAUCCAGGUCAUUAUGCUGUUUUGGAUGUCAAUCUUGCAUCUCCCAUCCGGUUGAGUCAGUUGGCUAUCGGUCACUGGACCAAGGCCAAGCAGAAGGGGACUCUUGUCCACGUUGGUAGCAUGGCAGGCUAUGGUGCGGGCAUCACGACGCCGCUGUACUUUGCGAGCAAGCAUGGCUUACAUGGCUUCGUGCGGUCCCUAGGAGGACUGCGCGAUGAGCUUGGAAUCCGCGUGGGAUGUGUAGCUCCCGGUGCAGUGAGGACGCCUCUCUGGCACGAUGACCCGACCAAGGCUGUGAUGCUGGAUAAAGACACGAUCCUUAUCGAACCCGAAGAGAUUGCCCGGGGCAUGUGGCAGCUCGUCGUAAACGAGGACCUCGGCGACGGAACGAUCCUCGAGGUUACCAAGGGCGCCACGAGAGUGGUUCCUCUAUUCAACGCACCAGUGCCCACCGGCGAGGGCAUUCUGGUACCGGGCUAUGCAGCAUCCAUGGGGACAUUGUACGAGAAGCUGAGGAACGAGGGCUUGAGUGUAUGA